CGACGCGCGCGCACGUCUCUCCGCCUUUACAAUGUGACUCGCUCAAAUUGUCGAAACCCAUCGAUUUACUGUCAUAUUUUGUUAGUGAAAGUGAACUGUGAUACACAACAAGUUACAUUCCAAAAGUGAUAAUGCGUCGUGUUAAAAUGAACAUAGACCCCGAUUUGGGGGAUCUAGAGGAGAUGUUGGCUCAUGUACAAACUCAGCUGGAAAACGAGAUAGAUUUGGAGAUGGAGAGCAAGAUGACCUCCCUUAUCAACGUCCAAGAGUCCCCAAAAAUGGUUAAAAGGACCAGUUCGUUCAGUAGAGGCGAGAGUUUUGAAUAUAGACGACCAGCUCCAAGACCGCCUUUAGCUAGAGUUAACAGCGAAAUCAACUCUGGCAGUAAAUCUCUAAACGGAGAGUACGGAGCGUUAGAAAAAUACCACAAUCAAAAUGGUCGCGGAUCCCAGACGAGUCUAAAGUCAGAUGAAAUGGGUUCUCAAAUCUCUUUUCAAUCAUUUCGUUCGGAGCCUGUACAACGGCAUUCUGUGUUAAGCCUGCCGGACAAAAGAGGAUCGUGUGCGUCUCUCAAUGGGAGAGGGAAAACUGCAACGUUGCCGAGAGGAUAUGGUUCGAGUAAGGAGAAGAAUUGGGAGGAGUAUUGGGCACACGAACAAUCGAUAAGCAGCGCGCGCGCCUCCGUCAUGGUGUACGACGACGGCUUGAAGCGCUGGGUGCCGUCAGGCAGCAGCUCGGGGCUAUCCAAAGUCCACAUCUACCACCACACCCAGCACAACACCUUCAGGGUUGUUGGGAGGAAGCUCAACGACCAUGAGGUGGUAAUAAAUUGCGGCAUCGUCCGCGGGCUCAAGUACAACCAGGCGACGGCGACGUUCCACCAAUGGCGAGAUGCGCGACACGUCUAUGGCCUAAACUUCUCGUGUCGUGAGGACGCGGACAGUUUCGCGAGAGCCAUGAUGCAUACACUUGAGAUCCUGGCAAACAAACCGAGCGGAAACUCAGCGCCGCCACCGCCACAACCGCCUAAUCCGCCUGUACCUUUUAAUGGACACAACAACACACAACACUACGAUGAAGAUAUGGGCUACAGAACGAUGACGCGCGAAGACGCAGCCAUACUGCAGCAACCAGCGUACCACGCGCCCCAGCACCAGCACCCGCAGUACCACCCGCCCAGCCAGUACCACGCGCCACACCACGCGCACCAGCAGCCCAUCCCGGGCGCGGGCGCGCCGGCGCCGCCGCCGCACGCCGCGCCGCCGCUCGCCGCGCACGCGCACACGCACACGCUGCCGCACCAGCCCUCGCAGCCCGCGCACACACACCACCGCACCUCCAGCGCACCGAUGCCGCCUAAUAUGUGCCUAACGGCAGCGAACAAUGGGCCGCCCGCGCCACCGCCUGUACCGCCGCACCAAAAUCUUCCCGCACCUAAUGGUCCCAUAGCGCCACAGACGCCCCCGGCCGCGCCUCAACCUCCUCCAGCGCAGCCGGCCGCCCCGCCGGCGCCCCCCGCGCCGGCCGCCGCGGGCCCGCCCCCGCCCCCGCCGCCGCCCGGCGCCGCCCCCGCCCCCGCCCCCACCCCCGCCGUGGCGUCCCCGCCCCCGCCGCCGCCGCCGCCGCAGCCCCCCCAGCCCGACCUGUCCGGCCUGGCCGCCCAGCUGCAACAGGCCAGGCUCAAACGGCAAGCCAAGCAAGCGGUGAGUCUCGCGGCCAGCGCGGACGCGUCCCCGCCCGGCGGCGCCGAGCACUCGGGCUCGUCGUCCAGCUCGGGCGGCAGCGCGCGCGGCAACAACAACAUGCACUGCAUGAUGCACGAGAUGCAGCGCACGCUGGCCCGCCGCCGGGCGCACUUGGACCGCGCCGAGGAGUCGUCAGGGGAUAACAGCGCCAACACUACACCACUGAAAACGUGGGAACGCGCUGCUACGCUACCACACCGCCUACCCAACACCUGUAAUGGCACUACGCCUAACUCCGAGUCACCCGCUACGCAAGCGCCGCAGUCGCCGCGCUCGGUGCGCAAGCGCUUUGGCUCCGCAAGCGAGGAGACUAUACUUAAGCAAGUGAACGGCGGUGGCGAAGGCGGUGGCUACGUGUCAGCAGCCGAGUGGGAAGCUUUCAAGCAAGACAUGCUGCGUGAGAUGCGCGCGCAGCUCACACAGAUUAAGCGCGAGAUACUCGACGCAAUGAAGGCGGAAUUCGCGCGUAGGUAAAGCACGCCACGACGCAUCGAGUGUUAACUAGUCCAUCGCAGCCGCAUACUGGUGAACAACGUGUUCUAUCCCGCUCCCUCCUAGUCCACUAGAGCAGAGCACCUGCAUUUGCUUAUAUCCGUGAAAUAAGGAAAGUACAGUGUUUUUAUUAGGUUUUUCCAUUACUAUUUCCAGUUUGUUGGAAUGAUGAAUAAGAAAACGUUUUAUCAAGUCGGUGUUCGAUUAGCCAGUCGAAAGAGGCUUAUAAUUGGUAUGUAAAAAUAGAAAUUAUUGCGGAAUUGGCAAAAUGUAAAGAGAUGUAACGAACAACGCUUGCUCUCAAUGCUUUGUGAUUAUUUUUCACUUGCAUAAUGUACAUCUAUUACUCUCGUGUUUAGACUUAUUAUAUAUAAAGCGUCGAUGUCACUUUGAAACGUGAUGACUGAGAACAAACCCUACAGAAUGAGCCAGAUUUUCGAUAUUUCGCCGGUCUAAUAUACUAUUAUUAUAGUGGACUUGUUCACCAGUAAACGCGGUAACUUGUGAUCGUAUGACGUAUGUUCGUGUAAUGUUAGUUGGCACCGCGGACUUGGGCCUUACCGCGAAAUCCGUGUCUAUGUCACUUUAUAAGAAAACGAUGGACAAACAAUUUAAACUACGGGUUUCGUGAUAAGGCGCCAGUUUUAGAGCAUUUAGUAACUAAUUUAAACUAAAUUGUAGUAAAUACUAAAAGUUCUAAGUCCCGCGGACGACGUUGCCUGUUAAAUCGGUCUAUAAAGCCAUUCAGUGUGAUUUUAUUGUGUAACAAUAUUUAAAUAUAAACCAGUAUUUUUCAAAAAAUAACGGUUUAAUGUUAUAUGAUAAAAUCGUUAGUAUCCUAACGAGCGAUUAAUAAUAAAUAAAAAUGUAGAAUUAGCGCACGAAUAUCGAAGCAGAAAGCAAGUUGUGUUUUUUUAAUUUUAUACUUAAAUAAAUAUUUAUUCGGAUACGUAUAAUGUACGUAGUUAUAAGGGUUCGGAGACGCCCUCGCGACAUUUACUAUUGAUUACUAUUAAUAUUUCCAACCCUCUUGUGUACAAAUGUCUUAUUCACUAAUUUAAGAUUG